AUGGAAGCUUGGAAGAUUUCUCUAUGGAUUCUCUCUCUGUGUUUGAUUCUCCACGGAGGAAACGCAGAUCCAGUACAAGACAAACGCGCAUUGCUCGAGUUUCUAAGCAUCAUGCGUCCGACUCGUUCACUGAACUGGAACGAGAGCUCCUCCGUCUGCAAAACCUGGACCGGAGUUACUUGCAGUCAAGACGAAUCUCGAGUCUUAGCCGUUAGAUUGCCAGGCGUUGGACUCAACGGUCAGAUCCCUCCAAACACCAUAAGCAGGCUCUCUGCUCUCAGGGUACUCAGCCUCAGAUCCAACCGAAUCUCCGGUCAGUUUCCGGCGGACUUCGUCGAGCUGAAAGACUUGGCCUUUCUUUACCUCCAGUACAAUGCCUUCACGGGUCCUCUGCCUAUGGAUUUCUCUGUUUGGAAGAAUCUCACCAGCGUGAAUCUCUCAAACAACAGAUUCGAUGGAACCAUCCCUGAUUCUUUGUCCCGUCUUGAUCGUAUUCAGUCGCUGAAUCUCGCGAACAACUCGCUUUCCGGGAACAUUCCGGAUCUGAGUGUACUCUCAUCUCUGCAGCACAUUGACUUGUCCCACAACGAUCUCAACGGACCAAUACCGACUUGGCUUCAAAAGUUCCCAUCUUCGUCUUACGAAGGCAUUGGUGUUUUUCCUCCUGGUGACCAGUCUCUCUUUCAGCCACCUGGCGACGUGACUCGUCAGAAACCGAAAGCUCAUUACUUGGGACUAACCAAGACGGUGUUUUUGCUGAUCGUGAUCGCGGUCUGCAUCGCAGUUGUCGCGGCUUUAGCGUUUGUGUUGGCUGUUUGUUACCUGAGAAGGGAGUUAAGAAGCGGUGAUGGGAUUAUCUCUGACAAUAAGCUGCAGAAGAAAGGCGGGAUGUCUCCGGAGAAAUUCGUUUCGAGGAUGGAAGACGCCAACAACAGGUUGUCUUUCUUUGAAGGAUGCAAUUACUCGUUUGAUCUCGAGGAUCUCUUGAGAGCUUCCGCUGAGGUUCUUGGUAAAGGCACGUUCGGCACGACGUACAAAGCGGUUCUCGAGGAUGCGACUUCUGUCGCUGUGAAACGGCUGAAAGACGUUGCGGCUGGGAAACGCGAUUUCGAGCAGCAGAUGGAGAUCAUUGGAGGUAUUAAGCACGAGAACGUCGUGGAGCUUAAGGCUUACUAUUACUCCAAAGACGAGAAGCUUAUGGUUUAUGACUAUUUCAGCCAUGGAAGUGUCGCUUCUUUGCUUCAUGGUAACAGAGGAGAAAACCGGGUUCCCUUGGACUGGGAAACCAGAAUGAGCAUAGCCAUUGGCGCAGCUAAAGGCAUCGCCCGAAUCCACAAAGAGAACAAUGGAAAACUCGUCCAUGGGAACAUCAAAUCUUCUAAUAUAUUCUUGAACUCAGAGCGUUACGGAUGCGUAUCUGAUCUCGGUUUAACCGCAGUCAUGAGUCCCUUAGCUCCACCGAUCUCGAGACAAGCUGGUUACCGUGCGCCGGAAGUAUCCGACACAAGGAAGUCUUCUCAGUUGUCAGAUGUUUAUAGCUUCGGCGUCGUACUGCUCGAACUACUCACCGGAAAAUCACCCAUUCACACCACAGCAGGAGACGAGAUCAUCCACUUGGUUCGAUGGGUGCAUUCGGUAGUGAGAGAGGAAUGGACUGCAGAGGUUUUCGACAUGGAGCUUCUGAGGUACACAAACAUAGAGGAAGAGAUGGUCGAGAUGUUGCAGAUUGCAAUGUCAUGUGUCGUGAAAGUAGCGGACCAGAGGCCCAAGAUGUCUGAUUUGGUUAGGCUCAUGGAGAACGUCGGAAACCGAAGAGCCAUCAUCCCUGAGCCGAAACCCAAAUCCGAAAAUGGAGCCUCCGAGACUUCCACGCCGAGUGAAAUCUAA